CGCACCUCUCUCUCCUCUUUUCAUCUUUCGCCCUCAUCGGCCCCUCUAGAAGCCGACCUCCCCCCCCCCUGCCACUGGCCCAUUAAAAGCACAACAUUCAUCGACUCGUAACCAGAUCGAAAGAAUGGUGCAAUAUUUUUCGACCGCCUUUCACUACGACCACCCAUGGUCGAGAGUCCAGGUGGGCAUGUGGCAAAAAUACCCCAAUCCUCAAUGCGCCCAUGUUGUCUCUGUCGACGUCAUUGACCGAAGCGUGCAUCCGGAGACUGGCGUAAUACGAACGGAGCGCCUGGUUGGUUGUAAGCAGGCGGCACCAGGAUGGGCAAUAAGGUUUCUUGGUGGCACAGAAGACGCAUACGUGCGGGAAGUUUCUUUCGUAGACCCUAGAACAAAAAAGACAUGGAUCCACUCAACCAACCUCUCGCUAUGCGAAUACAUGACGGUGGUAGAGAAGAUCACCUACGUCCCCUCUACAUCCUUCCCUCAUACACGCACGCACUUUCACCAGACGGCCGAGAUUCAGGCUCGAACGAAGCUGUGGAAGACUGUGGGGCAGAAGAUCGAGCAGAUGAGUCUCGACCGAUUCAAACAGAACGCCAUUCGUGGGAAAGAGGGAUUCGAAGGCGUCCUGCGUACGCUCUUUGGAGAGGACAACAUGCAGGAUAUAUCGUCAUGACACAUUCUCUCAGUUUGGUGCUUUCUUCGUUCGGGUUUUACGACUUCUGUACACUUCCAAAAUACACCCCCCUUGUAAUGACGCCUCACGCACCAAUAUAUCACGUUCC